CCCCGCCCAAAUGCCGCGCGUGUGACUAACAAGACCCGCUCGGCCGGGCUCGCUGCCUCACAGACCUGCUUGCGUAAGCACCAGAGUUAUCAUAGCGUACUGGCACUGCUUUGGUAGUUAGUUGUUGUGCUGUCACCGAGAUCAGUGCUACAACACUCUUGUCACCACGACUGGCAUUAGGGCUGAGCUACUUAAAACUCUGUGGGAUUAUUAACAUGGUCACGCGCCCCGAUUUAUUGUAGGCUUUCUUUCUUUGCAUAUCGUCUGUAUCUGGUGGUGCUUCUAAGAAUACUUCGCACCUAAGCCGGUCUUCAUGAGUCAUAACGUAGACUGUGUUUCGUCGAUGUCCAUUCCACGCAAAGCAAGGUGUAGACCAAAGCGAGUGGACGUCGACGAAACUCUACCCAAGUGCGCGAGACUGAACGAUUCUCCUACCGACGCAUGUUUCAUAAACUCGCCGUCACCCCCGGUGCCCCAUAGCGCUACUGCAGUGCAGCAGGGACCCUCUCAGAUUGGAGUUUACUUGCUACUGCCCAUCUCGGAUAGGAAUGGCGCAUACCGGGCUCUGGAUGUGCACUCCGGGGGCGAGUCACUGUGCAAGGUGUUUAGCAUGAAGCAAUAUCAAGAGAAAAUCCUGCCUUACGCCACCCUUCCUGCACACCAGAACAUUUCCAGCAUUGUGGACAUCAUCAUGGGAGACUGUAACGUCUAUGUGUUUUUUGAAAGGGACUAUGGAGAUAUACACACCUUUGUCAAAGGCUGCAAAAAAGUUGAAGAAGACAUGGCUGCCAGGCUGUAUUAUCAGAUUGUGUCGGCUGUGGCUCACUGUCACCAUUCAGGGAUUGUGCUUGGUGACCUGAAGCUCAGGAAAUUCAUUUUUUCAGACAAGCAGAGAACCCUCUUGAAAUUAGAAAGCCUGGAAGAGAGUCACAUCGUGAAAGAAGGCGACGACUCGAUGUCGGAGAAGCAUGGCUGCCCAGCCUACGUCAGCCCAGAGAUUCUGAACACCGCAGGGACAUACUCUGGAAAAUCUGCCGACGUUUGGAGUUUAGGCGUCAUGCUUUACACUUUGCUGGUGGGACAUUACCCGUUUCAUGAUUCUGACCCAAGUGCUCUUUUUUCAAAAAUAAGGAAGGGACAGUUUUACAUUCCCGAAACGGUUUCUCCAAAAGCCAAGUGCCUCAUCCGCAGCAUCCUCAGACGGGAGGCUUGUGAACGGCUCACGGCGGCCGAAAUCCUCUUGCAUCCCUGGUUCCGAGAAGCUAUGAGAAGGGACUGCGUCCGGGAGGUCUUCCCGACGCCCGAUCAAACUGUGCCCGAAGUCCCUUCUCUUCAGGACGAUUUCUGCUCGUUCCUGUGCUGAAUGAGUGAAGACGCGUGUUAGGGGGAACAAACCAUUUUCAGCCUCAACUUCUCGUACUGUACUUUGGAUGUUACGCUUGUAUCAAAAUCUGCCGAGGCUCAGGCCUAACGGGAUGGCAGCCUUUGGGCCGAACGACGCCUCAUCGAUGAAGAAAAGUGAAAAAACGAAGAAAAAGAAUCGAUCUCCUGGUGCACGUAACAUAGAAAAAUUGCACUUAUUUUUUUUUAAAAAACGAGACAAGUGAGCCGACCUCAAACUGUGUGUAACUACAGGCAACCGGCGUGUAAGGGUUUGCAUUGGCGGGGUGCGUGUAGAGCGUCGAGUCUGAUCUGACAUUCGUGUCUGCACAUCGAAACGUGUGCCGUGUGUGCCGUGGAGACGGACGAGAUACUGAGGGCCGCUCUUCACGAAAACAAGCUGGGCGGUGAGGACGUGUUGCACUGAUGAGCUCAUUGUUGGGAAAUGUUUGUAUCUGUGAUACAAUCUGACUACUCUGUGUGUGUGUGUGUGUGUGUGUGUGUGUGUGUGUGUGGAAAUGUCCAAAAGCAAACAUAUGGUAGAAUCCUGCACAGCGUUUGUACAGAUGCUUUAUUUGUAAAAGUGCAGCCAAAAAAACCAAA